ACAACACAACACAAACCACCCUCUGUUUGACACACAUUCAUCCACACAAACUACCCAAGUGUGUGUUUUUGAUCUACAACUCAAAACACACAAUGACCUCUUGACCCUGUUUUUCUUUCUCUCUUCUCAUCCAAUUUCAUGGCUCCAACUCUCUCCUCCAACUCAUUCCUCCUAACCACCACACCCUCUUCAAGGCUAACCCCAAGGAACCCACGGCUCACUGUUUUAGCAGCCAAGAGUUCCGGGCCUGGACCCGGAUCCUUCCUGCCUUUCCGGCUCGGAAAACAGGCUGCCGAAGAAAGCAGCCAAGAAGAUGAUAAACAGAAUUCCAAUCCAUUUUCAUUCAAUUUUGGCAACGCGUCGGAUAUAAAGUCACUGAUCCCAAUUGUUGCUAACCCGGCUUCUUCGGGCUUGGCUUUUGGGAGCCCGAGACGCAAAGACCCUCGCACGGUGUUUGUCGCUGGAGCGACCGGGCAGGCUGGGAUUCGCAUUGCCCAAAAACUGUUGCGUGAAGGUUUUGUGGUGAGGGCAGGGGUGCCGGAUCUUGGGGCUGCCCAGGAACUUGCUCUCAUUGCUGCCACUUACAAGAUUAUCUCGAAAGAAGAAUCAAACCGCAUCAACGCCGUCCAAUCCGCCUUCGAAGAUGCAGAGUCGAUCGCAAAAGCAAUCGGAAACGCCAGCAAGGUCGUCGUCACCAUCGGCCCCGCAGAAAACGGUCCCACCGGCGAGGUCACCACAUCGGACGCCGUACAAGUCAUCCAGGCCGCCCAACUAGCCGGCGUGGGCCACGUGGCCAUCAUCUACGACGCGUCAUUGAUGGCCACCUCAACUUACAAUGUCCUAGAUGGGAUCUCAACUUUCUUCAACAACCUCUUCUCAAGAUCUCAACCGUUGACGAUACCGGAGCUCCUGCAGAAAGCAGUCGAAUUGGACGUCAGCUACACACUCAUCAAGACACGGUUGACAGAUGAUUUCUCCCCGGAGAGUUCGUAUAACGUCGUCGUAUCAGCUGAAGGGAGUGCUGGUGCUGGUGCAAUCGACUACAAAGUAGCCAAGUCGCAGAUAGCAUCCCUGGUGGCAAAUGUUUUCUCCAACACGGCAGUGGCAGAAAAUAAGGUUGUGGAAGUUUUUACCGAUCCAGCAGCUCCAUCAAAGCCUGUGGAUGAACUAUUCAGUGCUAUUCCUGAGGAUGGAAGAAGAAAAGCCUAUGCAGAAGCCCUUGCGAAGGCAAAAGCCGAGGAAGAAGCUAGAAAAGCAACCGAGAAAGCUCUUGAAGCAGCUGCGGCAUCAAAGAAGCUGGAAAAAGAAGUGAAAAAGCUCGAACAGCAAGAAGCUCGGGCUACUACGCUUGCGGAAGAGGCAGAAGCAAAAGCAGCAGCUGCAGGAGCUUCUGUGGAAGGCCUCUUGGGCAAAGCAAAAGAGAUUGGUUCGGGACUUUCUUGGGAAAAAUUCAGCUCGCAGCUUAAAACAGCAGUUCAAAAUCCAGAUGAGAAACUGAAAGUUCGGAUUGCCACUAUAAGGGGACAAGCCAAGGCUCGGAAUCUGCCAGCCAAGAAAGCAGUCGUCAAACAACCGACUCCAAGAUUUCCCGGUUUGAAACCAAAGGCUCCUCCAAAGCCAAAAGAUAAAGAAACAGAGUCCAAGAAAGAAACAAGGAAGGUCUUUGGCGGGCUGUUUCAGCAAGAAACUUUCUAUAUUGAUGAAUGAAGAUUGAGAAUCGGUUUUUAAUCUAUGAUUAAUCUCUAUGGAUGUUUGAGGGGUAAAUUAUUUUGAGUCUCCGCAAGAUAUUAUCUACAUUCUUGCAUACUGGUAUUGAGGCUAUCGAAUUAUUUUUUUCUAAUGAAAGUGUAUCAUCUCCUGAGCAAUUUGGAAUUUUAUUAUUGCUUUGUUUGA